CGGCCGGCACCGCCACAGCCUCACGGCCACCACUGAGCAUGCUCGGCUCCCGCACAUCCGCCGGCGCCCGGCGGCCGAGCAGCGGCAGCGGAGCCGGUGCCGGAGCCGGUGCCGGCGGGCUCGGCCCGCGCAGGAGGCGGCGGCGGGGCCGCCAUGAACCGCGGCGGGGCGGGGGCGGCGCCCGCCUUCCCCGGCCCCGUGCAGUUCCCCGGCAGCACCACGGUGCUGGUGGAGCUGACACCCGACAUCCACAUCUGCGGCAUCUGCAAGCAGCAGUUCAACAACCUGGACGCCUUCGUGGGGCACAAGCAGAGCGGCUGCCAGCUCACCAGUGCCACGGCCGGCGCCACCAGCACCGUCCAGUUCGUGUCCGAGGAGACCGUGCCAAGCACACAGGCUCAGAGCACGAGCAGGACCAUCGCCUCCGAGACACAAACCAUCACAGUUUCUGCCCCAGAGUUUGUUUUUGAGCAUGGCUACCAAACCUACCUGCCCAGCGAGAGCACAGAGCCUCCAGCUGCUGCUGUGGUCUCUACACCACCAAAAGCAAGGUCCAAGAAAUCCUCCUCCUCCUCCUCCUCACUGCCACUGAAGAAACUCAGCUGCCUCUACCCAGGUUGCCAGUUCAAGACUUCCUAUGGUAUGAAGGAUUUGGAACGUCAUCGGCGAACGCACACAGGAGACAAGCCCCACAAGUGCGAGGUGUGCAGCAAGUGCUUCAGCCGCAAGGACAAGCUGAAGAUGCACAUGCGCUCGCACACGGGCGUGAAGCCCUACAAGUGCAAGCACUGCGAGUACGCGGCGGCCGACAGCAGCAGCCUCAACAAGCACCAGCGCAUCCACUCCAACGAGCGCCCCUUCAAGUGCCAGAUCUGCCCCUACGCCAGCCGCAACUCCAGCCAGCUCACCGUGCACCUGCGCUCGCACACAGGAGAUGCCCCUUUCCAGUGCCAGAUGUGCCCCGCCAAGUUCAAGAUCAACUCGGACCUGAAGCGGCACCUGCGGGUGCACUCGGGGGAGAAGCCCUACAAGUGCGAGUUCUGCGAGGUGCGCUGCGCCAUGAAGGGCAACCUGAAAUCCCACGUGCGCAUCAAGCACAGCAUGGAGAACACCCUCAAGUGCCCCGAGUGCGACUUCCAGUGCGGCAACAAGACCAGCCUGCGGCACCACAUCCGCAGCCACCAGCCCGAGCAGCCCGUGAAGUGCUCCGAGUGCAGCUACUCGUGCUCCAGCAAGGCGGCCCUGAAGGUGCACGAGCGCAUCCACGGCAAGGAGCGGCCCUUCAAGUGCGAGUUCUGCAGCUUCGACACCAAGCAGCGCAGCAACCUCACCACCCACGUCCGCAAGGCCCACGGCGACAAGGCCAAGGGCAAGAGGCACUCGCUGGACAAGAAGGAAGGGGAGAGGCCGAAGCAGGGCGGCUCCAGGCAAGUAGCCAAGCUGGACGCCAAGAAGGCCUUUAAGUGCGACCUGUGCGACGCGUCCUUCGUGCGGGAGGAUUCUCUGCGCAGCCACAAGAAGCAGCACAGCCUGUACGGCGCCAAGAACGGCGAGCUGGCUGUGCUGCAGCUCCAGAUGGAUCCCGGCCGCCCGCCCGGCGCCCCCAUCGCCGUCAGUCACCUCCAGGUGCCUCUUCAGGCCGCUCAGGUGUCCCCGUACAACGAGGGGAGAGUCAAGAUCAUCGUGGGCCACCAGGUGCCUCAGGCCAACAGCGUGGUGCAGGCGGCCUCGGUGAACGUGGUGCCCCCGGCGCUGCUGGGCGCGGGGCAGGAGGAGGUGCUGGGCAGCGGCCGCCUGCAGCUGCUGGGCCAGGUCAGCGUGCUGGCCCCGGCCACGGGGGCCACGGGGGCCGCGGGGCCGGGGGCAGAGCCGGCCGUGCUGCUGGGUGGCCACGAGCAGGGCGAGGGCAGUGCUCUGCACCAGGCCCUGCUGCCCGCCGCCGCCCCCGAGCCACCCCCCGGGCAGGCCUUCAUCGCCAGCUCCGCCAUCAGCUGCUCCGACCUGGAGGGGCUCAACGCCCUCAUCCAGGAGGGAGCCACCGAGGUGACCGUGGUCAGUGACGGGGGACAGAGCAUCACCGUGUCCACGGCUGCUCCUCCUCCUCCCAUCUUCUCGUCCUCCUCCCACGGCGAGGGCCCCAAGCAGACCUAUUCCAUCAUCCAGAGCGGGGCCCACACAGCCCUGCUGUGUCCCGCGGACUCCAUCCCCGAUUAGGCACGGCAUGCUCUGGACACCGUUCUCUCCUGGGGCACUGCUCAGCCUGGGGAACGCACAGGACACGACUGAGUGCAGGAUUUGUGCUCCAGAGCCAAAUACCUUCCACUUCCAUGCCGUGUUUGUCUGUACACUGAAGCAUCUUGUGUGUGUGAGGAGGGUGUGUUUGUAUUUCUGUGCCUCCGUUGCAGUCGGUCUCUGCUCCUUGGAAAAUCCAAGCAGCUGUCACCAGUGUCCCCAGGCAGUGGCAUCCCCGAGCAUGGCUCUUGUGCUGUGCUGCCUGAAAGCAGAAAUCCCCACCUUGUGCUGAAUUGUUUGGUGCACACACAGGAGAAUCUCUGAGCCAUUGUGGAGGUUGGAUAGCUGAGGUGUCAGUCCUGUGCUCUGUGUCUGGCUGAGCCCUAAGGGAGCGCUGCUGGCUCUGCUCCAGCCCAGGUGAGCUCCGAGGGGCUCUGCUCAGUGCCUGGAGAAAUCGGUAGCACCUGGCACUCGAGAUGUUUAUGCAGAGACCAGCUGGUUGUUUUUAGAAAGCAAAAGAAUCUUGUCCCUCUCUCAGUAGUAACUAACUUUGUUUAGCAACAACACAAAUCAUCUCUGGCAUGGUGAUGGCUGUCAGAGGUGCCUGUGAAUUUAAAACAACUGGAAAUAUAUUUUUUACAAACACUA